AUGCCGAGUUCAUCAGCAGACACUAUGGUGCAUGGGACAAAAUCUGUGGUCACCUCGUUCAGGACUUGGGUUCAGACACAUGAAGAAGCGCAGGUGAUGAUAGCCAGCAUUCUAGUGGUGGUGGGAUUGUGGUGGCUUGUCCGAACAAUGCUCGCCCUUAUUAUAAAUCUCAUAUGUCCCAUUUUGGUUGUGCUACUGGCCGUGAUGUGCAUACCGCAGCUACGAGCGCCCCUUCUCGGACAAAACUAUCCACUGUUGGCCAACUUGUUGCGAGACAUUCUGCUGAAGAUGGCGGAGAAUAUAAAAACUUAA